AUGAUAUGUAGGCAAUCGGGCCGUGCACAAGGUAUAUGAAGUUCAGUUUGUAGGUAGUGUGUUGACAUCGAUUAUAGGUUUGCGCAGAAACAGUAUUGGAAGUGUACUUCAUUUUUAUUUGGAAUAAACGGUCUCUUCGUGGAUCAAGUGUCCAAUGUGUUGACUUGGGUAUAAUUGCCUCGGAAGUUUUGAAAAUAUUUUUUCACUGGACUAUAACAACUAUGCGUGCUAUAUACUUGAAAAAAAAAGAUGGAGGAAACAGUGUUUCAGUGCACUACAUAGCUUAAAACGCAAUUGGGUUAUUGCACUUUGUUUAGGAUUUCUUUAUUCAUAUCUUUUCCUAAACAUUAAGAUAAAUCGCAGUUCCGACAACUAUUUUGAAAUAACUGCUGAAAACGAAAAUAUAAGUAAGAAAAGGGUAGGCAUUUUGAUUGCUUGUUCCUAUCACGAAAACAUACACUCAGCACCAUUAACCCUUUUACAGUUAUCAAUAUUGUGCUUACCAUCUAUAUUUAAAACAGUGGAGACUAGAUAUGAAUACAAUAUAUAUAUUGGUAUUGAAUCAAAUAUUGGUUCUGAAUUUAUGAAUCUGAAUUACACAGACACUUUAAACGUAAGUUUGCUUCUUCUGCCAAAAGCAUUUUAUGCUGACUCCAUAAACAUGUUAGCCAUUCAUGCUUUCAAUCAAGGUUAAGAUUAUUUCGUAAUCAUACCGUUUGACGCGCAAUUAAAAUGGAAAUAUUGGACAAGCAGAGCUAUCAUGUCAUUAAAGGGACACUGUCCGUCAGAUGUUGGCGUUGUUCUUCAUCAAUGCAGUGAAUAUAAUAUACUGUCCAUCGUCAGUCGUACACACAUUAAACGAUUUGGAUAUGUCUAUCCACCACAGUUGUCAUUUAAUCAAUUUUCUGAAUGGAUUACUUCAAUCUACCUUCCAAAAUAUGUAUCGUCAUUCAGUUCAAAUCAAGAGCAUGAUUGUCUCGGAAACAAGGAAAAUAAAACUUUUGUAAUGCUUCUAAAACCUAGUCAGCCACCACAAGAAGAACGCAGAGGAUCUGCUUGUGUCGUAUCAUAUUCAUUGUUUGGAUCAGACAAACGUUAUACUGAUGGUGCACUUGAAAACGCUAAAUUAAUGAAAACAAUAUAUCCUGGUUGGACUAUGUGGGUGUACCAUGAUUCCUCUGUACCUCCACUUUUAAUUCAUAAGCUUUGUGAGCAAAAUCAUGUAAGAUGUAUUGACAUGACUGGAAGUAAAAUAAGUAACAAAAUGGCUUGGAGGUUUCUUGUUACGAGAUCACAUCAUGUAGAAAAAUAUCUUGUAAGAGAUAUCGAUUCAAGAUUAAGUAUGCGGGAAAAAAUAGCUGUGAAUGAAUGGAUUGUAUCCGGUAAACGUUUUCAUGUAAUGCGUGACCAUCCAUCUCAUAAAUACCUCAUCAGUGGUGGUAUGUGGGGAGGAACUGAAGGUUCACUCAGUGAUUUAUAUGUAAAACUGUUAAAAGAAAAUCCGCAGAGCAAAUACAAAUCAGAUAUGAAUUUUUUAGACAGAGUUGCGUGGCCGAUACUUAAAACUUCUGUCCUUCAGCAUGAUUCAUAUUAUUGUGACAAAUAUACAGGAAAACCAUUUUUAACACCACGUAACGGAUGGGAGCAUGUUGGAAGUGUUUUUAUUAAUAACAGGUCUAUAAAUAUUGAUAUCGAACUGAUGAAGAGAUAUAAACCACCAAAGGCAUGCCAGUCAGAUAUCAGCAUUUGGGAACAUUUAUGAAGAGUUUCACAGAACAUUUGACGAUUCAUAAUUAGUUUAUGAGAAUCUUUGAGAAUUAACUCAACAUACGACAAACCCUAGACCGAUGACCAAGGUAUUGCAAUACCUUUCGUCAAGGCGAGCUAAUAAUGUUUUAACUUGCGUUCAUCAAAAUCUGUUACUUGGUGCUUGUUGUUCCUUUCAACAAGCGCAAAACGUUCAUUGACGAAAGGUUUAGUACUGUUGGACAUAAACUAUGGAACGAAUGGCCUCUCGAAAAAAGGAACUCAGACAAAUUGUUUUAAAAAAGAACUUGAAAACUCGUUUUUUAGAUAUUAUCUUGCUCUCUUUUAGAGCCUUUGACUGUGCAUUUUGAAGACAUUGUUGUAACUUGAACUUGAAAUAGUCGUUCAAAAUCACCUAAAUUGUAUGACCCGAUCAAACUCAGGUACCAAUAAAUUUUGAGUUAUGUUCCCUUUGUAAAUGGAAUUCCAGAUAGUUUCACUCAAUGUUUGCUAUUAUUCAAUGCAUUUUGUUCAAGCAUAUUAAGUAACUUUUCCACUAUACCCAACUCGUAUGACACACAAUUUUAUAAAGUUAGCACUAAUUUUGCCCCUUGUUAACUUAUAUAUUCCAAUAUAAUGUUUGGUGCACUUUCUCUCUUUUAUUCAACUUAUGCCUUUUAUUCAAACUUGAAUAUUUGUUUCAGACCAUCACCUUAAUCAUACAUCACAAGGUCUGUAAUGCUUAUACCAAUACUUAAUGCAUUCCGUCCAAUUAUUACUUACAACUGCAGAUUUUUAUGCACUUUUCCUUUGUCUCUGGUAUUGCUUUAUUGGUUUGAUUAAUGGUUGUACAUCAUCAGCCGAAUUUAAGACACAUUGAUAUGUUAUCAAUUCAGUAAUGGACCAUACUGCUUUUCUAACAGCCCUUGUUUUAUGUGCUAUGGUACUUUGUUACAAUGAUGCAUAAAUGGUUGCCCAUAUAUACUGUUGUAUGUCGUUGUAUUCAUUGAUUUUACGUUUUGUUACAAUGCUUUGUUACAAUCGACCGUUGCUGUGUCUGGAGAGCUCUUCUUACACAAUACAUGCAUCCUCAAAGUGUAAUUCGUUUUUUUUUUUUGACUAAACGGUUAUUGUACAUGUAUUUGUACUUAGUAAUAAGCAUUCUAAUUGAAUCAUAUUUGAUUUUUUUUUUAUUUUUACUCUACCCAAUAUGUUAAGAUACAUCUUGUGUCUAUUCAAAUACUCGAUACGUUCUUGUAUAAGUCAAGACGCAGCGAUUAUGUGGUGUUUUUUGGUACUUUUAAGAUGUCUUUCCAACGUUGCAAAGAAAGACGUCAAAACACCUUUCAUUAUCGACCAAAACACAACGUCGUUCCAACGUUGCGAAAAAGACGUCUUUUUAAAGUUACAAAAUGUCAACGUUUUUACAACGUCGGAGAAAGACGUCAUAACAACGUUUGAACAACGUGUUUUGUUUGCUGGUAUGUCAUCUAAUAGAAAACUAAAGGCUUCACACAUCUGAUCACAACUCCAUAGGGUGUAUCUCUUAGAUUUAUUGUUAGAAAAAAAAAUAAAAUGCUCAUGUUUCAUUACAAGGCAGAUAAUAGAAGUUUUCUCUUGCUAAUGUUUUAUCAAUUAAAGCUACCAGUAUUUCUUUAUAUCAAGAUUUUGAUAAGAUUAUGUGGUAAAUUAGUAUAAAGCGUAGAAAUGUCGUAAGUUAUAACUUAUAAUCGAACAUAUAAAGCUCUUGUUUAUUAGCUUUUUGAUAACAUCCCCAGAGUUAUUGAUGGACCAAAAUAGAUUAACCCCCGAGUUCUCAUAUACCUUGGAGCACGUGCUAUUUUGUUGCAGUAAACGAAGAAGUCCAAAGUAAAAACAUAUUUUUGUAGCGUAUAAGGUUGAAUUGAAUUGAAUGAAUCGAGCUUUAUAUGGAGUUUUGUGUAGUUUUAGGACCCAAUAAAGAAUAGGGAGCUGGUUGUCGUCAAGAGCGACAUUAAGUUUAUACAUUGAUCAACAUGAUUUAUUUUACAAUUUAUUCUCAUCUUGUAGCGAUAACUGAUAAGUUUUUGUAUGUUUCAGUUCAUUUUGUAAUAUUUCUGUGUAGUAAAAGCGUCAUAUAAUAAAAUAUUAUUAGAAGCUUUGUCUGCAGAAGUUAAAACAAAGCGUUCUUUAAAAUUCGAAAUGAAAACUUUGGUUAAGGAGAUAUUAAGGAAGGGUUUGAUUGAUACAAUU